UUUUUGCAGUCCCUCUCUGUUCUUAAAAAGGGAGCUUGUGCUAACAAGCAUAGGGAUUGGUGGAAGAAGCUAUCAACAGACAUACUAAUGAGACACCUAUAACUGUUUCUUUUUCUUUAAAGUGAUAAGAAUUAGAAGAAGGUGUAGUUCCGAAGUCAUAAUUCCAGCAACGGGGUUGUAGCAGUUAUGCUAGUCUGCAUGCCUUAUUAUUUAUGGACUUUGCUGACCCCAUUUAGUUGGGAUAAGGCCGAGUUGAGUUAAGAUUAUUAUGGUGGACUCUAUAUUGGAUAAUGAGUGGAUUCAGCAGCAUGUAAGGGGGUGUUUGCAACUGUGAUUGAUUGUCCACUGAAAGAAUAUUUCCCAAGUUAGAUAUGAGAGUUGGAUCAAAGGGUCCUUAUAUAAAAUGCAAUAUCCAUUGGGUGGGAUGCUAUGUCUAGGAAGUGAGAUCAUAUUUUCUUUCCUUUCUUGAUUUUGGUGCCUGGUUUCUGAACAGGGGCUGCUUGGACCCUUGGGACAGAGUGACAUUGCUAUUACAAGACAUAUGUUGAAUAAUGGAUAAAAAUAAAGGAAAUUCCGGGAUGUUGCUCCCAACAUGGGGAAGCAAUGAGUCACCUGGCAUGGAAGAAUCUCGUUUCUUUGUUUUUGUUUACUUUAGUGCUGCCUUAGUCGGUAUACUGACUAUAGUCUACACCGUCUUCCAGUGGAGAAGAAACAUUAGUCUAAGCUGGAUGAAAGCCAUAGCGAGGUCAAAGAAGAACCCAAAAGCAAAGCACAAGGUUCCCCAAGCUGCCCAUACUUGGAGCUUGGAGUCUGUAUCUCGUGGAAAGAGCCUAAAUUGUUGUGUAUGUUUGAAGUCUGUAUCUCCAACUCAGGCUCUUGGGCCAAUGAUAGCUUCUGACAACUUCAUCCAUAAUUGUAGUAUUUGUGGUGCAGCAGCACACCUGAGCUGCUCUUCAAAUGCUCAAAAGGAUUGCAAAUGUGUAUCUAUGGUUGGAUAUGAGCAUGUGAUUCAUCAAUGGGCCGUACGAUGGACGGAUGCCACAGAUCAAUUUGAUGAAACUUCAUCUUGCAGUUAUUGUGAAGAGCCUUGUAGUGGGUCCUUUCUUGGGGGAUCUCCGAUUUGGUGUUGCAUGUGGUGUCAAAGGUUAGUACAUGUUGAGUGCCACACUAACAUGUCUAAUGAAACAGGUGAUGUUUGUGAUUUGGGCCUCUUUAAAAGACUGAUCUUAUCACCGCUGUUUGUCAAGGAAUUGAGCCGAACUGGUUUUUUGAGCUCAAUCACACAUGGAGCCAAUGAAUUUGCUUCUUCUGUACGUGGACGUAUCAGGAGUCAAAGUAAAAAAUACAAACAUGGAAGUGAAGCUUCUGUUGAGUCAAAUAAUAGUGGUGGUACCUGUGACUCAUCCACUGAGAGCACAGCAGAUGCUCAACAAGUUUUCAAGGGUUCACAUGAGAGUAAUGGAGCUUGUAAUGGUAAAAUGGAAACGGAGGGCCAAAAACAAGGUGCUGAAGGCAAUAAUAAGAUGGAGUUGCAGCCUGAAUACAAAAGAAGUGCAUCAUUCAAUUGGAGUGAUGAGUCUCAGAUUUUAGGGGUGAAGCAAUAUGAAGUGAUUGAUUUGCCUCCAGAUGCAAGGCCACUACUAGUUUUCAUCAACAAAAAAAGUGGGGCACAGCGAGGGAAUUCACUAAGGCAACGUUUGAACAUCCUUUUGAAUCCUGUUCAGGUCUUUGAGUUAAGUUCAACACAAGGACCAGAAUUGGGUCUUUAUUUGUUCAGACGAGUUCCCCAUUUUAGAAUUCUUGUUUGCGGGGGAGAUGGUACAGUUGGUUGGGUUCUGGAUGUCAUCGACAAGCAAAAUUUUGUCUCUCCUCCUCCAGUUGCAAUUCUUCCGGCAGGUACAGGGAAUGAUCUAUCCAGGGUUUUGUCCUGGGGAGGUGGCCUAGGUUCAGUAGAGAGACAAGGAGGGCUCUGUACGGUGUUGCAGCACAUAGAGCAUGCUGCAGUUACCAUUCUUGAUCGCUGGAAGAUAACAAUCAGAAACCAACAAGGGAAGCAACUCCAAGCUCCAAAGUUCAUGAACAACUAUCUAGGAAUUGGGUGUGAUGCGAAGGUUGCUUUGGAUAUUCAUAAUUUGCGGGAAGAGAACCCAGAGAAGUUCUAUAACCAGUUCAUGAAUAAGGUGCUCUAUGCAAGAGAAGGUGCAAAGAGUAUCAUGGAUAGGACGUUUGCAGACUUCCCCUGGCAAGUUCGUGUGGAGGUGGAUGGGGUUGAGAUAGAGGUCCCUGAGGAUGCAGAAGGCGUACUUGUAGCUAACAUUGGAAGCUACAUGGGUGGAGUAGAUCUUUGGCAAAAUGAGGACGAAAAUUAUGAUAAUUUUGAUCCACAAUCUAUGCAUGACAAGGUGCUAGAGGUUGUCAGCAUAUCUGGAAUGUGGCAUCUUGGAAAACUUCAGGUGGGGCUUUCUCGAGCUCGAAGACUUGCACAAGGGCAAUCAAUCAAGAUCCAGCUCUUUGCUGCCUUACCAGUUCAAGUAGAUGGAGAGCCCUGGUUUCAAGAACCAUGCACAUUAGCCAUAUCGCAUCAUGGCCAGGCAUUUAUGUUGAGGAGGGCAUCUGAGGAACCUCUUGGUCAUGCUGCCGCCAUAAUCACAGAUGUGCUUGAGAAUGCUGAAACCAGCCACAUAAUCACUGCCUCCCAGAAGCGAGCCCUUCUUCAGGAAAUGGCGUUGAGGCUCACCUAGAUAGCAGGUUUCGUACGGUAGAAUCAUAUAUCUCACCAAAGCGUCGGUGUGUUCAGGUGUGAUUGCGAUUUUGCCCAAAUUAAUUCAUUCCAUUAUGUCCUCGCAUGCCUCUGCUUUGAAUGGAAAGUCCAUCAAAUGGAACUUUUUGCUUCUGACCGAAGCAUGUACGCUCAUGCAUACAUCUGUACAUACAAAAUGAAAGAAAAUACAGAUUUGAAGGAGUUUCUGUUCAAA